UUGCCAAUUUCGCCUUUCAAUCGAUCAUAACUCUUGCGCCCGCUUUAUUUAACUGUCGUUUUCGGCCUUAUAGCAGUUGAAAUUGUUGUAUGAACUACCUAGCUAUCUUACUAUGCCUGUUGGAUGCAUGAAGGAUAUUAUGGCAUAAUUAAAAACUGAUACAAUAUUUAACUCGAUUUUAUAUGUUUAUUAUCAUCAAUUAUCUUUUCGUUAUUGGAUAUUAGGUAUAUCGAUAUCAUAGCAUCUAAAGUUUGUUAACCAUGCCGUGUGAAAUGAUAACUUUGCAGUUAGGGCAAUGUGGAAAUCAAAUUGGAUUUGAAUUUUGGAAGAAAGUUUGUGCUGAGCAUGGCAUUUCUCCCGAGGGUAAACUUGAAGACUAUGCCACUGAGGGAAAUGACAGAAAGGAUGUAUUCUUCUAUCAGGCUGAUGACGACCAUUACAUCCCACGUUCGGUAUUACUGGAUCUUGAGCCCCGAGUCAUCUCCACCAUAAUGAACUCCCCUUAUGCUAAGUUGUACAACCCAGAGAACAUAUACCUGAGCAAGCAAGGUGGUGGUGCUGGCAAUAACUGGGCUGCAGGGUUCAGCAACGGCGAGCGUAUCUACGAGGAAGUCUUUGAUAUAAUUGACAGGGAAGUUGAUGGUUCUGACAGUCUGGAAGGAUUCAUCUUGUGUCACAGCAUUGCAGGAGGCACUGGUUCUGGUCUUGGCUCUUUUAUUCUUGAGAAACUCAAUGAUCGAUUUCCCAAGAAGCUCAUCCAAACCUAUUCAGUGUUCCCGAACCAGGAUGAAAUAAGUGACGUUGUUGUACAGCCAUACAAUUCACUGCUGACACUCAAGCGCCUGACACAGUGCGCUGACUGCACCGUCGUAUUAGACAAUACGGCACUCAACCGCAUCGCCACUGACAGAUUGCAUAUCAUGAAACCAACCUUCAGCCAAAUUAAUGCUUUGGUCUCCACCAUUAUGUCUGUCUCCACUGCAACUCUCAGGUACUUAGUACAGCUUAAUCCUUCAUCAGAGCUCUGCCAAAUUAAUGCUUUGGUCUCAACCAUUAUGUCUGUCUCCACUGCAACUCUCAGGUACCCGUCUUACAUGAAUAAUGACCUGAUUGGUCUCAUCGCCCCACUCAUCCCCACACCCAAUCUACACUUCCUUAUGACUGGAUAUACUCCACUCACCACAGAUCCUGAGGUUGCCAGUGUACGCAAGACGACAGUACUUGACGUGAUGCGUCGACUGCUUCAGCCCAAGAACAUGAUGGUGUCCACUCCCCUAGACCGCACCUCUGCUCACUGCUACAUCGCUAUCGUCAAUAUUAUUCAGGGAGAAGUGGACCCUACUCAGGUGCACAAGUCUCUGCAACGCAUCAGGGAGCGCAAGCUGGCCAAUUUUAUACCUUGGGGACCUGCGAGUAUACAAGUUGCACUGAGUAAGAAAAGUCCAUAUAUUCAGUCAGCGUACCGCGUGUCUGGCCUGAUGCUGGCUAACCACACUAACAUCAGCAGUCUCUUUGAGCGCACACUCAAGCAGUACGAUAAAUUGCGCAAACGUGAAGCCUUCCUCGAACAGUUCCGUAAAGAAGACAUGUUCAGUGACAGUCUUGCUGAACUUGACGACUCCCGCGAGGUUGUGCAAUCGCUUGUUGACGAAUACGUGUGUGCCACAACUCCCGACUACAUCAACUGGGGACUAGAUAAGCAGCAGCAACAAGAAUAAUAUGUUACUUCGUCGACAACCACCAGCUAAAGCGGAAAUACCAGCUACACGGUUGAAGGCAAUGACUAAUCUACUCUGGCUUAGUAGUGUAAUUAAUGUCUCCUAGACUGGUUGCUUAGUUCCAGGCUUUAAUUGAAGUGCAUUGUAUGCUGCUGACAACCGCGUUUUUUGGUAGUAACUAAUUUCAUCUCUUGGAUUGCAGUGGUGACUCUGGCGUGAGUUCUCAAUGACCAUACGCUUAGAAUAUUUUCAUAGCCGCAGUACUUUGAUAUCAUACGUUAGAACAGCAAUGAUCGCUUGAUUUUGAAGAAGCCCUGUUCUCCAUAUAGUCUUUACCACUCUAUUGAAUUAUGUUUUUUUUACAUAGCGUCACCGGAAAAAUUGGAUAAAAUUCA